AUGUCCACUAACAAUGACAAUAAUUCUGAGGCUGCCAUCUAUGCCGAAAGGCUGAGAACACAUGGACGCUUAAUGAUGCGGGCUGUUCGUGAAAGAGAGAGUGAAGAACACCGAACAUGUCGCUUACAGCUACUUUGGGAAAAAAGAAAAAAUGAACGUAUUAUAAAUGCUACAAUGAGCAGUAAAAAAGCAUUGACACCCCUACAAAUACCAGUCUUGCGUCAUUCCAUUGGGAGGAUGGAAAAAGUUUGUGCUAACUGCAAGGCACUAAUGUGGGUGGAUGAAAGGAAGUGCGACUCAUCCCGCACUAACCCAAAAUUUACUGUUUGCUGCUCUAAUGGUAGGGUGCAACUCCCUCCUCCCGAACCAUUGUACUCUCUUCUUUUUGGAUCCAACGCAUGCUCAUGUCAAUUUCGAGAAAAGAUCCGAGCGUACAAUUCCGCCUUAGCAUUUACAUCUAUAGGUGCUCACAUUGAUGAGCAAACUGCAGUUGCAGCUAUUGUAAUUGAUGCUGAUGAUGAAAAUGUAGCUCCUACCAGAGACAUAAUUCUUCGACUUCAGGAAGGUGGUCUAAAACACCAAGCUGAGAAUAGGGAUGACAUUUAUGAAGACCAACUACCUAUCACUGAAGCCAAGAAAGUCACUCAAUUAGAAUAUUAUUCUUAUCGUCUUCAAGUACAUGAAGGAGAAAGUAGGCAUCUACACCAAUCUGGCUGUCUGUUUCAACAAUAUGUGGUAGAUGCUUACGUAAGCAUUGAACAUAAUUGUUUGAAUUGGUACAGACAAAACCAGAACAGAAUCCGCUCUGAGUUAUACCAAGGUUUACAGGAUGCUAUAUUCCGAUCUGAUACAGUUACUGAAAAUGUGGGAAGAAGAGUUGUACUUCCAUCUUCAUUCACAGGUGGACCACGCCAAAUGCACCAAUUGUACCAAGAUGCUAUGGCAAUUGUGCGCUCAUUCGUUAAAAAAGCUACUACAGGAUCUUAUCAAAGAUGGUGUUUUUGGGAAAGUGGUUGCACAUAUAUCUAUGUGGUUGAAUUUCAAAAACGCGGAUUACCUCAUGCACACAUCCUUAUUAUCUUGGCAAGUAUGGACAAACCUUGCACAGUAGAUGACAUCGAUAAAAUGGUUUCUGCUGAAAUCCCAGAUCAAGAAAUCUAUCCUUUAGCAUAUGAAACUGUCACCACUAUGAUGAUACACAGUCCAUGUGGAGCUUUAAACCCAAAAGCUCCCUGCAUGAAAGAUGGCACAUGCUCAAAACGCUAUCCCCGUGAAUUUAACACUACUACCAUCAUGGAUGAUAAUGCAUAUCCUACUUAUAGAAGACGAAAUUAUGUUUCAAUUCUAACUGGAUUCUAA